ACUCGGUGCAGCUUGUUCAUGAUCAUCUCAACAACAUGUCCUCAAGAAGAGCUCUACAUUUUGUUUUCAAAGUUGGAAAUAGAAAUGAAACUACAAAAUUUUAUCGCUCCAUUUUGGGUAUGAAGGCCCUCAGACAUGAGGAGUUUGAAGAAGGAUGUAAAGCAUCAUGCAAUGGUCCUUAUGAUGGUAAAUGGAGCAAGACAAUGGUUGGCUAUGGAUCAGAAGAUGAUCAUUUUGUUGUUGAACUCACUUACAACUAUGGAAUUAAAGAAUACAAGUUAGGAAAUGAUUUUCAGGGCCUAACGAUUCACUCCAAAGAUGCUGUUGCUAAUGCAAAGAAGAAUAACUAUAAUAUGAUAGAGAAGGAAGCAGGGUGUUACUUGACUCAAGCGCCUGAUGGAUAUCCUUUCUAUCUUGUUGAUGAAAAUAUUUCUGGAGAUCCUGUACAAAAGAUAUCUCUAGGAGUUUCAUCCCUCAGCAAAUCAUUGGACUAUUGGCAUAAACUGCUAGGAAUGACUGUUGUAAACCAAUCAGACUCUAAAGCAACUCUGGCAUACAACACCAAUGAAUGCAAGCUGGAGCUGGUGCAGCUGGAAGGCAAAGUGGAUCAUGCAACUGCAUUUGGAAGAAUUGCCUUUUCCUGUCCCAAAAAUGAGCUUCCAGGGAUUGAGAGUGCUGUUAAACAAGAAGGACAUGCUAUACUAACACCACUAGUCAGUCUAGAUACGCCAGGAAAGGCAACUGUUCAAGUGGUUAUCCUUGCUGAUCCGGAUGGUCAUGAAAUUUGUUUUGUUGGGGACGAGGCAUUCAGGGAGUUAUCCAAGGUGGAUCCAGAAGGAGACAAGCUUUUAACUGAGGCCAUUGUCAACGACAAGAGCGAUGAAUGGUUUGCAAAGAAAAAAGCAAAGAAGGAUUAAGCACAAGGCAAUAAUUAGAAUCUAACUAACAGUACUAACAUUAAAUCCAUUAAGUCAUUCAUCAAUACUUUUUAUUAGGUAGCUAUUUAACAAUGGUGUACAAUCUGAUUGUAAACAAGAUUCAAUUGCUGGAAUUCAUAAAGUCAACUGUAAUAUGAUAUACUCUUAUAUACCACAAUAAUAAAGUUUAUGAGUUUA